AUGACAUUAUCCGUAACUAGCGCUGACUUGCACUACAUACAUAGCCUCACCCCCUGUGGCGUCAAAGACGAGCCAGCUCAACUUGGAUUCUUCAAAUCGCUUCUAUAUUCUCAAAAAUAUCAGCCCAAGAAACCUGCCUGGAAUGAAAACAACACCCUAGAAAUGCCGCCGUCUCGUGAAGACGACGAGUCCGUCUCCUCUCGAGCAGCCCACGACCGCGCCGAGGCGGCUCGUCCGAGUGACCCGACCUCAUCAGUGCUGCACUACGUGCAACCUUCAGAUGGCAAGCUCGCGCCGCUCAUCGUGCAGAGCUUCCAAGACGCGGUGUCGCUGCCGCCGACGCGGCUGUGGCAGCGCCUGGGCACGACGCCGCCGUCGCCGACGACAACCCUCGGUAAGAUGAGCUACUGGAUCGGCGCGCCGGCACUGGAGCCCGGCAGCGCGCAGCUGCGUCUUUCUGACGCGCGGGCACUUGGACAAGCCGGGCUGCGACUGGUACUGUCGUGGCCUCUCUCCUGCAUUUUCUUUUAUGGCUUUGAGUUUAUGAGCCCGCCCUUUCAGUCGGCCCUCCAGACGCCCGGUGCUCAGCUGGCGCGACCGGAUGUUCGGUACCCGCCGGUCCGGCAUCUCGGAGCCUCUGAAGCCGGGGCACCGGGCGCAAGGCCGUCACAAGCGUCUCCCGUGCAAAGACGCGCCUACACAGACGACAUUGACCUGGACACGGACAUGCCGGCCACAGAACCUCCGGACAGUGGCGGCGACGACGCGGUGCACACAAUCCUGGUCGAGGCGCGCGACCAAGGCGCGGCCUCGCGCCCCCGGCACCUCUGUUAUAUCCGUGAUCCCGCCCUGGACGAGUACGAGACUAUCAACGUAUCGCAGUUUCUGGACCAAGAGGGCGACGACGUCGACAUGGAGUUCGUCUUUGUGUCGUACACGCGCGAGCAGUUUCGUGUCGCCACGGACGAGGAAAUUGACGCCUACGCGGGCUACCCCGACGAGGCCACGCGAGAGGCGAACCGCCAGCUCGCGCACAACGACCGCGCCACGCUUGUCGGCUGGGGCCUCGACGCCGCUCGGCGCGCGGGGAAGCGCGCCUUUUGGAUCGACUUUGAGUGCGUCCGCGACCGGGACGGCGUGGCGCGGACGUCGAGCAAGAGCGACGACGUGUACCGCAUCUGCGACGUGGUGCGCGCCGCGCACUCCAUGAUUAUCGCCAUCAGCCCGCCCGCGUCCGACAAGGUCGCCGCCCUCCUCCGGACCGACCGCCAGGCGAGCGGCGCCGAGCCACAGGCCACUACCAAGUGGCUCCGGCACUGGGGCUCGCGGCUGUGGACGCUGCCCGAGCUGCUCCUCUGCCCCGGCGAGCACCGCGUGCAGCUGUACGCCCUCGGCUCCGGCUCCGGGCCCGUGGCGGCGCUCGCCAAGCGCAACUUUGCCGAGCGCGCCUGGGACGACGCUGCGCUCGUCCAGGAGCUCCUCCACCACUACGAGGGGUCCGCCAUCCUCUCUGGCAUGCGUCUACUUGAGACGGCGCUGGCGUGCUUUGCGCGCCGCGGCACGCACUCCUUUAGCCCUGGCGACGUGGCAUAUGCUCUCAUGGGCCUGCUGCCCACCGGCCAGCGGCCCGUCGUGCACCCGGGUGACUCGGGAUUUGAAGCGUUUGCACGCCUGUCGCUCGCCAGCGACGCCGGCGCUUUUCUGAGCCGCAUGGUGUGCCUGCUACCGCCGCCGCCGCAGCACCACUAUGACGUCGCCCCGGCCUGGUAUGAAAAUGUCAAGGAUACGUGGGGUGCGCGCGUCCGUGACGUGCAUCCCAACAGCCGCGUUGUCGGCAUCGCGGCCGACGUGCGCGAUACGCUGCUGCUCGACGGGGUGCCCGGUGCCGCCGUGCGCUGGGACGCGUUUGACGACGACACUGCACGGCAGGCGGAACUGGCGGCCCCCAGCAAGACGCUGAUAUCGCUGCUCAUAGCCUCGGGCGGCCUCGGUCUCGGCGCCGCGGCCGUGCUGUGCCUCGCGGCCAACGUGUCCGAAGGCGGGCAUGACAUCUUUGGUGGCAGCGUGCUGCCCGGCGUCAUAAUGGUGGGCGUGCUCUUUGGCGCGCCCGCACUCCUGGCGCCGGCGCUGUAUCUCUUCCACCAGCGCGGCGGCGGCCACACGCGGCGGCAGAAGCACGCCCAGGCGCAGCUGGUCGGCGUCGAGGGGCGAGUCGCUGCGGGUGUCGUGGAGCGGCACCUCUGGGGGCGCGAUAAUGGCCUGCUGACGCUCAUCGACGCCGACGCCGAUGCGGGCAGCGGCAGUGCGACGUGCCAGCGCAAAAUGUUUGAGUUUACGCUCGUCGACACGCACAUGAUGAUGGUCACGCAUAUCAGGGCGCAAAAGCCCCCGGUUGCUGCGUUUGCCGUCGGCGCUGCCGCGCACCAGCAGCGUCUAUUGCUGUGCUCGUACGAUGCCCGUGAUGAUACGUUUGUGCGGGAGACGGUUGUGCGGGUUGACAAUGCCAUGGUGGACCAGAUGCGCCGAGUCGACCGGGCCCGGCUGCGUCUACACGCCGCGGCUGCCUGGCCGCCCGGCGAAGAGGUGCCGGUGACUGCCGCGCGGGACUCGGUUGGUCGAUGGCAGCAGGAGCUCCUUUUUAUCUUCUUGACUCUUAUGGCAAUGGAUAUGCUUCUGCCGCUGUAUUGGGACUCUCGGGCACAGUAUGGUUAUAGCGAGGGGCAUCGCACGAUGGCAUACUGCGGCGCCUUCCUGCUGGCGCAGGCACCCGCGUUUCUUCUCAUCACGCACCAGUCUCUGUUGCGAGUGGUGCCGCAACUCGUCCUCCUACACGCCUUCUUGCCCGGCUUCCUCGCCCUCCUUGGAGACAGCAACACCGGCCAGGUCCUCCGCGGCCUCGUCUCCGGCGCCGUGCACGGCACCGCCUACCCCGUUAUGGCCGCCCUCGUAUGGCUCUGGUGGUGGCGACCCCAUGACCCGGCGCAGCUCACCGCGCGCGUGCUAGCUUUUGCCGCGCUGUCGCUCGCCCUCCCGCUACUCAGUCAACGCGCCGUUGCCCGUCUGCUGCCCGACCGGAUGCUCCGCCCCUACGCACUGUACUUCCGCGACGUGGUGGCCAUCAUGCUGCAGGUCGCUGUCGCGACGUUUGGACGGCGGUGGGUCGGCCGGCCGGACGAGGUGCCGUGGCUCUCAGCACGUCUUAGGAGGCAGAUGGCGGCGGGUGCGGACGGCGGUGGGCCUGGGAGGAAGUAUGACGUGGUGCUGCCGGUCUUGUUCGCAGUAUCGCUGCUCGCGCACCUUGCGACGGAUCUGCCCCGCGGGUUCGCUGCCACGGCGCCGCUGCUCGGGCUGUUGUGCGUCUACGCGGUCGUGAUCAUGGCUUGCACCGUGUGCGUGACUCGCUUUCCGCAGAGCAUCACGCUGCUUCUCAUCUCCAUCAUUGCCCUUUCCAGCGUCGGCUCGGUUUGGCCAGGCCGCGAAGACGCAUGGCUCAUCACCAUGCUCGCCAACCUGCGCGUCCUCUUGCUGCCAUUCGUUUGGGUGCUGGCCGACGCGCUGCUGGCCGCGUGGCCGCGGAAGCUGCAAGCUCUCUGCCUGUCGCUGGCGGGCAUGGCGGCGGACAGCCUGCUCAAGACGACGACCACGUUGGUGUCUGCGUGGCAGAUGCGGGUAGGAGCCGGCGCGGCGGCCAUUGCGUUGCUUGUCGGGCUAUGGGUGUACGAAAGGACGAACCGACGUGGGCACAUUCUACUAGAGUAG